UCGGGCAUUUCCUAUUCGACCUGAUCGAGAAGCUUUGGGCAAGGUACCACAAUGGAGUGAUUGCCCCAGAGAACAGAUUGGUCAUCAUCUGGCUCGUCCUGCCCCUCAAGCUCAUCGGAUACAACCUGAUCGGCGCGACCUUGCAAAACGCGAGGACAUGGAGUUUCUAUGUCUUGGCGGUGGGUUGGGCUCUCCACAACUUCGCCACUAUCAUCACGACGGCUGCGGUUGGCGCCUACUUGCUGGACGCGUAUCCCGAAGCUGCGGGCGAGUCCGCUGCCCUGAUCAACUUCGCCCGAACCCUUGGCGGAUUCAUCGUUGGAUAUAUUCAAAUCGACUGGGCCAGCUCCGCCGGCACACAGACCGCAUACGGCAUCCAGACUGGGAUCAUGGGCGCGGCCUUCUUCAUCGUUGUGUUCCUUCAGUUCUUCGGCGCGAGGCUGAGACACGCCCAAGGCCCCUUGAAGUUCAAGACUUAUUAG